CAAGAGAAGCUGCUGAAAAAGCCGCACGUGAAAAAGCGGAGGGUUAUGGCUCAGAAAAUUAUGGUAAAAAACCAAUGAAUCAAUCACAAGAGAGGACCAGUGUUAAAAGAACUUUGAUAUCUGAUAUUAAUGCUAGUCGUACUGGUGAAACAGUAAACAUUCGAGCUAGAGUACAAACCUCAAGACCAACCAGUUCAAAACUUGCAUUCUUUGUUUUUAGGCAACAAAAUGCUACAAUUCAAGGUGUUUUAACUGUCGAUGAAAAAGAUGGGAUUCAUGAAAAAUGCAUAGUCGUUAUUGAAGGUAUUGUUAGGAAGCCAAGUGAAGAAAUUAAAAGUACUACUGUAUCUGAUGCAGAAUUACAUAUCAAGAAAACAAUAACAAAUAAUGCAAUUUUCCGAAUUCAAUCUGGAGUUUGUCAAUUAUUUCGUGAUUUUCUUUUAUCAAAGAAUUUUAUCGAGAUUCAUACACCAAAAAUAAUUAGUGCGGCUAGUGAAGGUGGUGCAAAUUUAUUCACAGUGAAAUAUUUCAAAGCAUACCUUGCACAAUCACCACAAUUAUAUAAGCAAAUGUGUAUAUGUUCAGAUUUUGAGAGGGUAUUCGAGAUAGCACCUGUUUUCCGAGCAGAGAAUGCAAACACUCAUCGACAUAUGACAGAAUUUGUUGGACUUGAUUUAGAGAUGGCUUUUGAAGAACAUUAUCAUGAAGUACUUGAUAUCCUAGAUGAAUUAUUUGUCUAUAUUUUUGAUGGAUUGAAAACACGAUAUAAAUCGGAAAUCGAAGCCAUUAAAAAACAGUUUCCUUCGACUGAUUUUGAAUAUAAUUCACAGAAAAGCUUAAGAUUGGAAUAUAAAGAUAUUGUUAGUUUGUUAAGAGAAAAUGGGAUUGAAAUAGAAAAACUUCUUGGUAAAUUGAUCAAAGAAAAGUAUAAAACAGAUUUUUACAUAGUUGACAAAUUUCCAUUGGAAGUUCGUCCAUUUUACACAAUGCCAGAUCCUAACGACAAGCUCUAUUCAAAUUCAUACGAUUUUUUUAUGCGUGGACAAGAAAUCCUUUCAGGAUCACAACGUAUUCACGAUCAUAUAUUUUUGGAGGAGCGUGCUAAAGAACAUGGCAUUAAUCUUGCUACAAUACAAUCAUACAUUGAUUCGUUUAAAAGGGCAGCUCCGCCUCAUGCAGGUGGUGGUAUAGGAUUAGAACGUGUCGUUAUGUUAUAUUUGAAUUUAGAUGAUAUAAGAAGAAGUUCAUUGUUCCCUCGUGAUCCAAAACAGUGUCAAUAUUAUGAUAAAGAAGAUGGUAAUUACUUGGAUGAGAAAAGUUUGGUUUAUAUUCCAGACCAAUUAACAUUAGAUGAAAUCGAAGACUCGCUAUUCGACAUCAAGGUAGCUCAAGGUCAAGCAUAUUUAGCUUCAUUAAUAAAUAAUACUGCAAUUCCAACAUGCGUUGAGGCAUUUACAAGAUUGGCUUGUUCGAUUAAAUUUCCAAAAUGUAAUGAUACAGCAAGCACAACACAGCAAAAUUGUUCUGGAAUCAUAAGCAACGAACCACCUUUGAAUGUUGUUUAUCCAACAGAUACAACUUCCUCCGCAUCAUUAUCAUCAUGUAACAAUCAAGCACCACUACUUGGCAAUAAUCAAUUAAUAUUAAAACCGAGAUGUUUUCCACCGGCAAUAAUCGAUGAAUAUUAUCUUGCAACCAAUACCCCAACACAUGAAAAAUUCUGUGUAGGUGGAUGUUGUGUUAAAUGUCCUCAAACAUAUUCGGUAUAUCCAGAUGGCUGGCUAGAAAAAGGAUUCGCGGUGACGCAAAGUUUCCGAGUAGUAUCAGCUGUAUUGGCACUUAUUAUGUCGAUUUCGUAUAUUUUAUUACCUGGAAAAAGAACACAUCCUGGUUUAUUGAUUUUGUUCACUUCAAUUGCAAUAUUUAUAUUUUCUUCUUUGGUAUUUUUUUCGAUUGGUGAUCCUAAAAAGAUUCAAUGUGUAAAUGAUAUCGAUCCAAGUACUCAAAGCAAUAAUAUUUUAUGUGCCAUUCAAGGUGCAUUAAUAAUAUUUGCAUCGUUUGCAACAACAAUGUGGGUCGGAAUAAUUAUAGUAAAUCUUCAUAUUCACACCGUAUGGAGUUCAAAUUGUGUUGGGAAAAGAUAUAUUAUUUUACAUUUACUUGGCUGGGGCAUUCCGGCAUUUUUCACCGUGAUAGCAUUGGCAACCUCGUCCGUCAAUUAUGAAUUUGCAACUCUUUGCUUCAUUAAAGAGGAAAAUGCUACAGAUCGUCGAGAUGUUUUACAAGCGGUUAAAAUACAAUGGCGUGCAUUACUGCUAUCGAUAAUACUUGUUUUGACCGUAAUAUUCUAUUGGAUAUUUUAUUUUAUAGAGUUGAAUCGUAUAGCAUCAGGGCCUGAUAACAGUGAUUUCAAGGAUAAGUGGAUACAAUGUAUUCAAUCAGGUAAUGGACAGGACAAGUGUUAUUAUGAAGUAUCAUUGGAUAGAAUGCCACCAUAUAGUUUAUUGAUGUUGGUAGAGCUUUUGCCUAGUUUAAUUGGUAUUUGGUUAUUUGUUAUAUUUGCAAAUGGACCUUUAUGGACUGAGUGGAAAAUUUAUUUAAAAGAGAAACUUGGAAAUAAACGGAAAACUGAAAAAAGUUUGGUUUAUAUUCCAGACCAAUUAACAUUAGAUGAAAUCGAAGACUCGCUAUUCGACAUCAAGGUAGCUCAAGGUCAAGCAUAUUUAGCUUCAUUAAUAAAUAAUACUGCAAUUCCAACAUGCCCUUGUAAAUCACUCUGUGAUAAUGUUAUAAAUUUAUGCGGUGUUAUACCGCCAUCUCCUUACAAUCAGGACAACCCUUUACAACGUAUCCUAUCAUCACCUUUAUACCCGAAAGAUUGUUCUGGAAUCAUAAGCAACGAACCACCUUUGAAUGUUGUUUAUCCAACAGAUACAACUUCCUCCGCAUCAUUAUCAUCAUGUAACAAUCAAGCACCACUACUUGGCAAUAAUCAAUUAAUAUUAAAACCGAGAUGUUUUCCACCGGCAAUAAUCGAUGAAUAUUAUCUUGCAACCAAUACCCCAACACAUGAAAAAUUCUGUGUAGGUGGAUGUUGUGUUAAAUGUCCUCAAACAUAUUCGGUAUAUCCAGAUGGCUGGCUAGAAAAAGGAUUCGCGGUGACGCAAAGUUUCCGAGUAGUAUCAGCUGUAUUGGCACUUAUUAUGUCGAUUUCGUAUAUUUUAUUACCUGGAAAAAGAACACAUCCUGGUUUAUUGAUUUUGUUCACUUCAAUUGCAAUAUUUAUAUUUUCUUCUUUGGUAUUUUUUUCGAUUGGUGAUCCUAAAAAGAUUCAAUGUGUAAAUGAUAUCGAUCCAAGUACUCAAAGCAAUGAUACUUCAUAA